CUAAGAGUAGCCAUUUACUGCUCCUGAAAAAACUCUGAAAGUAUGUUUCUUUCCUUUAUAGUUUUGGUGUGGAUCCCUGUUAUGAUAUUCGCUGCUAACGCAGUCGAAUAUGCAUCACACAAAUGUGUACUCAACACCACAAGACACGAAAACAACACUACUGCAUAUUAUCAAAAUCUUAUUAAAGUCCUUGAUUCACUUGCCUCAGAUACGUCCAUAAAUAAUAAACAGUUCUUAAACACGAGUGCUGGAACCAGUCAAAAAGACAUGGCGUAUGGCCUCUACCUUUGUCGGGCUGAUGUUCUGCCAAAUGAUUGUCGUAACUGUUUGCUUAAAGCUCGUGAAGAUAUCAACAAGACGUGCCCAUUCUCAAAAGCCGCAGUGGCAUGGAAUGAUAACUGCAUGCUACGAUAUGCAAACUACUCAAUGGUCUCUAAAACGGACUUAGACAUAUUUGAAUAUGCAUGCAACAACUUUAAUAUUUCUGAAAAUAGUUUAGAACAAAGCCGGUUUUGGGAAGUUACUAGGAGUAUGAUGGGCCGACUAUUAACCAAGUCUUUAACUGACGUAAAGAAACUUGCAUUUAACGAUGUAACCUAUAACGACACGAAAAAGGUUUAUGGAUAUGUGCAGUGCACACCGGAAUUAUCAGAUAUUGAUUGCCAUCAAUGUCUCCGAGUGAGUAUAGACCGUUUGCAGCAGUAUUGUUAUGGUAGUCAAGGAGCACGAGUGUUGGCCGCAAGUUGCAAUGUUAGAUUCGAGAUUUAUGAGUUUUUACAACCCGUGGCUCCACCGUCAGUGGACACUCCAGGGAAAAAGAAGACUUCAACAAUUGUAAUUGCAGCCAUUGUCUCUGCAUUCGUUUUUCUUGUACUGAUCGCUACUGUAAUCUAUUUUUGGGUCAUUAAGAAGCGACAUCACAACACAUCUGAUAGCUUGAUGGAUGGAAUUGAUGAAAAUAGAAUGAUAACUGAGCAAUCUCUACAAUUUGAACUGGACACCAUUGAAGCAGCCACAAACAAUUUUUCUAUCCAUAAUAAAAUAGGUGAAGGUGGAUUUGGGAGAGUAUACAAGGGAAUUCUCCAAAAUGGGCAAGAAAUAGCUGUGAAGAGGCUCUCGAAAAGCUCCGGACAAGGUGCAUUGGAGUUCAAGAAUGAGGUAGUGUUACUUGCAAAGCUACAACACAGAAAUUUAGUCAGACUUUUGGGAUUUUGCCUUCAAACGGAGGAGAAGAUCCUCAUUUAUGAAUAUGUUCCUAACCAUAGUCUUGACUUCUUUCUAUUUGAUCCUACAAAACAAGCACUUUUGGAUUGGUCGAAGCGUCACAGAAUAAUUGGAGGAAUUGCGAGAGGGUUGCUUUACCUACAUGAAGACUCUAGAUUAAGAAUUAUUCAUCGGGAUCUUAAGACGAGCAACAUACUGUUAGACGAAGACAUGAAUCCUAAAAUUGCAGAUUUUGGAAUGGCAAGAAUUGUUUUCGGAAAUCAAACACAAGCAAUGACAAAUAGAAUUGUUGGAACUUUUGGGUACAUGUCACCGGAGUAUGCAAUGCGUGGCCACUUCUCCGUGAAGUCAGAUGUGUUUAGUUUUGGAGUAUUGGUUCUUGAGGUUAUUAGUGGCAAGAGAAAUAUAGGGAUCAUUCAAUCUGGUUACAGAGACCUUGUAUGCCAUGCUUGGAAUAAGUGGAAGAAUGGAGAACCAAUUGAUAUACUGGAUUCAAAUGUGGGGAAUGAUAUCUCAAAGCAUGAAGUCUUACGUUGUAUAAAUAUUGCGUUAUUAUGUGUUCAAGAAGACGCCGAAUUAAGGCCUUCCAUGGCUUCUGUGGUCCUAAUGCUCAAUAGUAAUUCAGUUGCUUUACCUUUGCCACAAAAUCCUCCCUUUGAGUCUCAAAAUAAAGUUAGGCAUGAUACACCAAUUAUGGAAUCCAAUAUCAGUAGUAGUAUGAUCUGUGGUGCUCAAACUUCACUUAUUACUGAUGUACAUCCACGAUGAAGAUAAAUGAUAGAUAGAUGCUUUAUUGACUAUGUCUAAA